AUGUUCAAAAGAUUAGUUCUAUCUAAUGUUGUUGUUGAAAAGUAUCAUCUCCAUCCAUUACGUGGUAGUUCAAUUGACAUUCAUCCAAAUGCUCGAUGGCAACAGAAUGGUAUCACUGUCGCUGGAGGAAAUGGACAAGGAAAUGGAAUCAAUCAACUCUUAAGUCCAUAUGGUUUAUAUGUUGAUGAUGAUCAAACAGUUUAUGUCGCUGAUCCACCGAAUCAUCGUAUUAUGGAAUGGAAAUGGGGUGCAACAAGUGGCCAAGUGGUUGCAGGUGGAAAUGACGAAGGAAGUGGGACUCAUCAAUUGAAUAACCCAUAUGAUGUGAUUGUCGACAAAGAGACAGAUAGUCUCGUCAUCUGCGAUAGUUUGAAUAAAAGAGUGGUUCGAUGGCCUCGUCGAAAUGGGACAAGUGGAGAAACAAUCAUCUCCAACAGCGAUUGUUGGAGUUUGACAAUGGACGAGAAUGGAUAUCUCUAUGUCGUUGACUUUGAAAAAGAUGAAGUGAGACGAUAUCGAAGAGGAGAAUCUCAAGGAAUAGUGAUUGCAGGUGGUAAUGGAUUUGGAGAUGAUCUCAAUCAAUUCUCUCUUCCACAAUACAUAUUCGUCGAUCGAGAUCAUUCAGUAUAUGUGUCUGAAUGGCGCGGUCAUCGUGUGAUGAGAUGGAUGGAAGGUGCAAAACAAGGCAUUGUCGUGGCUGGUGGUCAAGGAGUAGGAGAUGGUCUUACACAAUUGGCAUAUCCUCAAGGAGUCGUUGUUGACCAAUUGGGCACUGUCUAUGUGGCUGAUCGAGGGAGUGGAAGUAUCAAACGUUGGCCCAAAGGAGCCACACAGGGAAGUGUCAUUGUUGGUGGAAACGGUAGUGGAGAACAAUCGAACCAACUCAGUUUGCCCACCGGUUUGUCAUUCGAUCGACAUGGCAAUCUCUAUGUCGUCGAUUUGGGGAAUAAUAGAGUACAAAAAUUCAACAUCGAAUCCAAUAAAUGAAGGACUAGGAAGUCAAAAAUACUUGUUUCUGUAUUGUAAACCUCCUAACCACUGUAUACCGGUAAGCGCCACCGAAAUCCUUGAAUUCCUUGAAAAAUUAUAAUAAAAUAUACCCCACUUAUACAAAAUAUCUGACCAAAGGGUGUGGGUGUAAAUCAAUCAGAAAACAGGCCGAUCUAUAUUCCUCUGAUACAAAUCAAUCUGCUAGUCUCAACUCUUGCUUUUCGGCAACCGAUGAUGUCGGAAUUAUUUUCAAAGUUGAAAAUUUUGUGCUUAAUCAAAUAAUAAAUAGAAAUGCAGAGUUUGUUUGCGCCGACGCGUUUCGUGUUUAUUUUAUUUCAAUAACAAAACACUCAUCAGGGCUCUGCAUUACAAUGAAAAGCACAUACGUAAAGACAAAAUAGAAAUAGUAAAAUUGACAAACACAAGUAUAGUGAAAAACUACAUUAAAAUUAUAUUGAAUUACACAUUACAUAGCAAAGUAAAAGAGAGACAAACAGAAAAAUCACUAUUGAAAUGAACAAUUAAAUAAAAAAAGAAUAGCCAAUAUAAUAAACAGUGAAAUAAACAAAAAGCAUUAAUAAACUAAUAAACUAAAAAACUGAGAAAAUGUCAUUCAUUAAUAAACUCAAGUGUCCCGGCUUGGCUCUAAUUCAUUAUCAACCGGAUCCAAAAAUAAGAAUAUACUCAUUCGAGAAUAUUUAAGAGUUAGACAUUUUUAUAAAUUAUUCAAUUGUGAAUGCCAAGAAUGGGCCUAACUUCAUUGAUUGGAGAUUCACCGAAGUAUUUAUUCCAAAGUACAUGGAAUUUAGCUAACCAUAUUUUCAUCGCAGACGCAUAUAUUUUUCUUACAUAUAUAGUAUAUAUUUUUCUUUUACACAUUGCUCUACAAUUUAAUAAUACCAUUAAGAAUAUAGUUUAAUAAUUCAUUAAUAGCAGAUUGAUCAAUAAAUUCAUCCAAUGAUUAAUUGGUAUAAAUAGACUUCAGUUAAUGGAAUUUUUAAUAAAUUUUUGAAAUUUGAAAGAAUAAUUGAUUGAUCAAUAAAUUUCGCUUGAUGAAAUUGGUUAAUAACUACCUCAUAGCCAUAUUUAAUGAAUUAUAGAUAAUAAUUAAUUGAGGUAAUUUAAAUUAAGUGUCAAUUUAUUAGUAAUUGAUAACAAGUAUAAUUUAUAACUUAUAUGAUAAAUUUAAUAAUAUUAAUUAAUAUAAUACUUAUGGUAUAUAAAUUUAAUUUAUAUACUCAAUCUAAUUAAUUAUCUCUAAAAUAAUUAAAAUUUGAACAUAUCAAAUAAUUCGCCGUCAAAUAAUGUAAUAUAUGUGACGUUGAUUAACAAAUAGAUGAGAGAAUUCAUCAAAUCAACUUAAAAAGGGUGUGGAUGUGGGGUAUGGUUAUGUGGGUGUGUGUGGGGUGCGGGUGUGGG